CAUCUAACAACCAGUUGGUGAAACAUCUCUAGACAAUUUUAUUUUCACUUCUCAUUUCCUUUUUAACAUUAUAGCCUACCCUUGCUCUCUUAGUCAUUUGUCUGUGAAUUUUCGGUCCGAGGAACUUGCAUGACAUGACGAUGGUCGCGAAUAAAUCUGCGUAUCCAUCUCAUAAUAUUGAAUUCCAGGCAAGAAAGUGUCAACAUUUGAAGAAACGGAAUAUAUUUUCGGAAGUAAAAUUUAUUUUCUUGGUUACUUUAGCUUUCUUGAUGUUGCCUUAUGCAGAUGCAUAUGAUCCACUAGAUCCUAAUGGGAAUAUAACCAUCAAAUGGGAUGUAGUGUCUUGGACAGCAGAUGGUUAUGUGGCCACGGUGACGAUGAACAAUUUUCAAUUGUACCGACACAUAAUGAGCCCAGGCUGGACUCUGUCAUGGUCAUGGGCUAAAAAGGAAGUGAUAUGGGCAAUGAAUGGAGCUCAAGCUACAGAGCAAGGAGAUUGUUCUAAGUUCAAAGGGAACAUACCGCAUAGCUGCAAGAAAACUCCGACAGUUGUUGAUUUGCUCCCUGGAGUUCCUUACAAUCAGCAAUUCAGUAAUUGUUGUAAAGGUGGUGUAGUGGCAGCCUGGGGACAGGAUCCUUCAGCUUCAGUUUCAGCCUUUCAGGUAAGUGUCGGACUUGCCGGAACCACGAAUAAAACUGUGAAACUGCCUAAGAAUUUCACUCUGCUCGGUCCGGGACCUGGCUACACUUGUGGACCUGCAAAGGUUGUGCCUUCCACCGUAUUCCUCACGCCUGAUCGUAGGCGAAAAACACAAGCUCUCAUGACAUGGAAUGUUACAUGUACUUACUCACAGUUUCUAGCCUCGAAAAAUCCAACCUGUUGCGUGUCUUUCUCUUCGUUCUACAACGAAACGAUCACUCCUUGCCCUUCUUGUGCAUGUGGCUGCCAGAACAAAAAAAACUGUAUCACGAGUAACUCGAAAGCAGCACACAGGAAAGGCGUAAACACCCCUAAGAAAGACAAUUCACCAUUGCUGCAAUGUACACAUCAUAUGUGUCCAGUUCGUGUACAUUGGCAUGUAAAAACCAAUUAUAAAGACUACUGGCGUUCAAAGGUUGCUGUUACUAAUUUUAACUACCGGAUGAACUAUACACAGUGGACACUCGUCAUUCAGCAUCCGAAUCUCAACAAUGUUACCCAAGUCUUCAGCUUUGAUUACAAGCCUCUCGUUCCCUAUGAAUCCAUAAAUGACACAGGUAUGUUCUAUGGAAUGAAGUUCUAUAAUGACCUGUUAAUGGAAGCCGGUCCUUUCGGAAAUGUUCAAUCCGAAGUGCUUCUACGGAAAGACAAGAAUACUUUUACCCUGAAGCAGGGGUGGGCAUUUCCCAGAAAAGUAUACUUCAAUGGUGAUGAAUGCAAGCUACCGCCACCUGACGCAUAUCCAUACCUGCCAAAUUCUGCCUAUAGAAGAAGUUCACUUACAUAUUUAACAGUUGCAGCUUCUUUGUUGCUGAUUUUACUGUCAGCUUGGUGAUGAAAAGAUCAAUCGUGAAAAUGAUACUUCUUUGGAUAUUUUUGUAACAGAUAAGCAGACAAUUUUGAAAGUUAUAACAGGUACACAGAUCAUUUUUUAA